AUGGCCCGCGAAGAUGCUGUUUACCUGGCCAAGCUCGCCGAGCAGGCUGAGCGUUACGAAGAGAUGGUCGAGAACAUGAAGGAGGUUGCCUCCACUGAUGUAGAGCUCACCGUCGAGGAGCGCAAUCUCCUCUCCGUCGCUUACAAGAACGUCAUCGGUGCCCGUCGUGCGUCCUGGAGAAUCGUCACCUCCAUCGAGCAAAAAGAGGAGUCCAAGGGCAACGGUCCCCAGGUUACCCUUAUCAAGGAGUACCGCCAGAAGAUUGAGACCGAGCUCGCCAAGAUCUGCGAUGACAUCCUUGAGGUUCUCGACAAGCACUUGAUCCCCUCUGCCCAGAGCGGCGAGUCCAAGGUCUUCUACCACAAGAUGAAGGGUGACUACCACCGUUACCUUGCUGAGUUCGCCAUUGGCGACCGCCGCAAGGGCGCUGCUGAUGCCUCCCUCGAGGCCUACAAGAGCGCUACUGAGGUCGCUCAAACCGACUUGGCCCCUACUCACCCCAUCCGUCUCGGUCUCGCCCUGAACUUCUCCGUCUUCUACUACGAGAUCCUCAACUCCCCCGACCAGGCUUGCCACCUGGCCAAGCUUGCUUUCGAUGAUGCUAUUGCCGAGCUUGACACUUUGAGCGAGGAGAGCUACAAGGACUCCACCCUGAUCAUGCAGCUUCUCAGAGACAACCUGACGCUCUGGACCUCGUCGGAGGCCGAGACGGCUGCUCCUGAGUCCAGCGCUCCUGCCGAUAAGGAGGAGGCUGCUCCUACUGAGGAGAAGCCCGCUGCCGAGUAA